AUGUCCCGAUCCCAGCGGGAAUCCGUCAUGGAAAAGGUCCGUGCUGGGAAGGUGCAGGUGCUGCUCCUGUCUCCGGAAGCUCUGGUGGGCUCGGGAUUGGGCUCGGGAUUCCUGCCGGGCCGGGAUCAGCUCCCACCCGUGGCCUUCGCCUGCCUGGAUGAGGCUCAUUGUGUGUCCCAGUGGUCCCACAACUUCCGGCCGGCCUACCUACGCAUCUGCAAGGUUCUCCGGGAGCGUUGGGGAGUCCGGUGCUUCCUGGGCCUGACGGCCACGGCCACGGCGGCCACGGCGCGGGAUGUGGCGGAACAUUUGGGAAUUCCGCCGGAACAAGGGAUCCCGGAGCGUUCGGCGGCCGUGCCGGAAAACCUGCGGCUCUCCGUGUCCAUGGACACAGACCGGGAUUGGGCCCUGCUGUCCCUGCUCCGGGGGGAGCGUUUCGGUUCCCUGGAUUCCAUCCUGGUUUAUUGCACGCGCCGGGAGGACACGGAGAGAGUGGCCGCCCUCAUCCGAACCCAAAUCCCAGGAAUUCCCAACCGGAACAGCGGGAAAG